GAGAAAUGCAAUUCACGAAUCUAAUAGAAGAUUAUGAAGACGACCGAUAUCCUGGACUCCCCUCCUUCGGUAAAUACAAGUCAGUCUCAAUGAACAAACAAAACAGUUUGGUGGAUAACAGUCGCUCGAGAGUAAAAUAAUGUUCAGACCCCUUCAGAUGUGGUCCAAAAUGGGAGAUAUAGAGAUUAUUCACCUGGAGACAUAGUUAUCAAUACUCCUGUGAUGUCUAAUCAUAUACAAAUCAACCAAGCUUAUAAAUAAGUACAAAAAUGAUAAAAUUUCUCAAAAGUACCGUCAGAAACCAAUUAAAUCAUCACUGGGUCAAAGUUAUCAAAUCAUGCCUCAGGACCUAACUUACCACCAGAAAGUGCUUAAAGCAAAACAAAAGAGGCGGAAAUUCAAUACAUCAAAUUACAGCGUAAAGAGUUUGAAUAAGUCAACUUUUGCCGCUGCUAAAAACUUACCUCGAAAAAGGAUGAACCGUAACCAGAGUAGGGUGCAUGCCACCCAAACUUACUCUACUAGCGGGUUCACAACCGCGCUGGAGGAGGCUCCGAAUGCGGAGAGGUUUCCACAGGAACCUCUCCUUCAUAAGAAGUUUACCCACCAAGCUUCGGAUACUGAUAUGGAGGUGAGGUCUAACCUCACUGUCGGAGGCUCCCAUUACGGAGAGCAAAAAGCCAUCCUGAGACGACAAAUUUCAGCAUUUGUGGAUAAUUCCAAAAUAAAAACUCUCGAAGAACUCCCUAAAAAUGAUGAAUUAACUCGGAAACUCAAGAAAGAAAAUAAAUUACUCAAGAAAGAAGUCCAGAGGCUUAAUUUCGAGCUCACUGGACUGAAAGUCAUCCUUCAAAGAAUUACCCAAAAAUACAAAAUUAACCAACAAAUGUUGCCGAUCAAAGGGAUGAUAAAUAAGGCCAAAGACGUGUCUGAAGAAUGCCAAAACUCAAUGAAUUUACUUUCAAAUAGCCUUGAAAAUAUUUACCUAAAAGCGAAUCAGCCUUCAAACCUUCAACAAAAAUGUUCAGAUUACAUCCAGCAUGUUCUGUUGGAAAAUCAACAGUUGAGAGAAAUGCUUGAAAUAAAGACAGAGAAUACUCUGACUGUUGACCAUCUUACGAAAUUAGAGCAAGAGGUACAAGAGAUCUUGCUAUCUGAAGAAUCUGUUGAUAAUGACACUAUUGAGUUAACAAAAAUGGUAAAGAAAGCAAUCACAGAAACCUCAAAACGGAAGUCUAAAAAGGCUAAGAAAGAGAUAGAGCAACAAACUAUUACAAACAAUUCUGCUGCUAAAGAACCAGACCAUAAAAAUAUGAAGCCAAAGUCUAAAUUCUUGUUUGAUUCUCCUGAGAAUAGCGACGAAGAGGAAUCGAGUCAAACUAAUGAACCCUCUAGCAUAACUCAGCCCCAGGGAAUUUCACCACUAAAAGAGCCAGAGGACGACAAGCUGGCCACUAAACCUCCACAGCAGGAUGCUAGUUCACUAGGUAUCAAAAGCGUAAAGAGCAAAUUUCUCUUCGACUAAACCCCUCUUGUCCCGCUACUGAAACCUAUAGAUACAGAACUAGGUCAAAAUCUCGACUUAUUAGCUUAAAAAUACCCAAUAAGGAACCUUAAAAACUCUUCAACCAGUUCUA